UAUGUAACACAUAGGGCGCCAGAGCAGGUGCCUAUGAGCCAUUGUAGCAUCCCAUUCGGGCUACGUAGUAGCAGUGUGACGUUGAGGUUUUAGAGAGGAUAAUCUACGUGCCGUCUAGCCUACUCUACGGUAUUCAGUUUAUUAUUGCUGUUCGCACCUCCAUAGGCAUACGACACGAUAUUACCAGUGGCUGUCAUCCGAAUAUGGCUGCACAAAAAAUCAACGAAGCCCAUGAGCACAUCGCUAAAGCAGAGAAAUGCCUGAAGACAAGCAUGACCAAAUGGAAGCCAGACUUUGAUAGUGCUGCCACAGAAUAUUCAAAAGCAGCUGUGGCUUUCAAACAUGCAAAACAGUUUGAUCAAGCCAAGGAGGCAUAUCUGAAGGAGGCAGAGUACCACACAGAAAACAAAGCGCUUUUUCACGCCGCCAAAGCAUAUGAACAAGCAGGCAUGAUGCUAAAGGAUAUGAAGCGCAUGCCAGAGGCCAUCCAGCUCAUAGAGAAAGCCUGCGUCAUGUACGUGGAGAAUGGCACUGCUGGGACCGCUGGCAUUGCACUGGACAGAGCGGGAAAACUCAUGGAACCAAUGGAUCUGGAGAAGGCUGUGGAUCUUUAUCAGAAAGCUGCAUAUGUGUUUGAGACUGAAGAUCGAUUGACACAGGCUGCAGAGAUGCUGGGGAAAGCUUCAAGGCUGCUGGUCCGCCUUCGCAAGCUUGAUGAUGCAGCCGCCUCCCUCCAGAAAGAGAAGACCAUGUACAAAGACUUAGAAAAUUACCCCACAUGUUUCAAGAAAACAACUGCACAGGUGUUGAUUCAUCUUCACAGAGGGGACUUUGUGGCCGCUGACAAGUGCGUCAGAGAAAGCUACAGUUUCCCAGGGUACAACAACAGUGAGGACUGUGUAGCCAUGGAGACCCUUCUACAGGGAUAUGACGAGCAAGAUGAAGACCAGGUGCACCGUGUGUGCAACAGCCCUCUGCUCAAGUACAUGGAUAACGACUAUGCCAAGCUGGCCAUCAGUCUAAGGGUACCUGGAGGAGGCGGUGGCAAGAAGAAGAAGACCCCUGCAGCACCACAGGGGGGCGCUGGAGGACCAGCUGCUGCAGCAGCAGACGAUGAUGACUAUGAAGAAGGAGGCCUGUGUUAGCUAUGGGAUGCAACAAGUGUGUGUGUGUGUGUGCGUGUGUGUGUGUGCGCCUGCCUGUCUGUUCAUGUGUGUUCAGUUUUAUCCUGCAUUUCUGUAAUUCCAUCAUCAGCUACCGAAGAGUCACCCUCUCACCUAUCAAUCCUCUUUAACCAGGAGGAACGUGAAAAGGGACAAAUUAAUUAUACAAGACAGCACUAUGAACUCCUACACUGCUAGAUGUUUAAGCCUCAAGAGUAUUUGUUAAGAGGUACAGCAGGUUUUGCUGAAAUCAGUGUGUGUGUUUGUGUGUGUGUCAAUUAUGUACGUUACAUUUCAGUCGUGUGUAGCAAUACAUUUAUUUUUUAUCAGGAAAAAAAAAGUGCAAUCAGUCAUACGUUGUGUUGUAUCAGAAUUGUAAUUGUGUUAUUUAUUUAAGCUGUGCUAAUUGUAUUUGGAUUUACCUAAAGUGAUAUUUAUUUUAACUAAAUUGUUAUGUAUGAAAGAUAUGGUUACAAUCCCAAAUGUAGUCCAGAUUAAUGAUCUAUUUCAGUGUAGUGUCACAGAGUAGAUGUAUAUACACAAUGUAGUAUCACAAAAGAUUAAGUGAAUUACAAUAUUGUCAAUGACUGCCACCUGUAUAUUACCUGACCAGGUCUUUAGUAAGCAUAUCAUGUGUUUGAUUGUGGCACAGGGUGCGCGAUCACAAACAGCUGUCGGUCGCAAGAGCUGUAGACGGUGGUGACAUUUGUCUACCUCAGGAAAUCUCUGUAUGUGUCAUGGGUGCCCCCUUGUGGCUAAGAGCUUGGUGGCAGGACUAUAUCAGUGCUGUCACAAUGCUCUGUCCAACAUGUUAUUAUAUUAUUCUAUGAAGAGGAAAAAAAGGACCACAAGCCUAGACUCCAGCAGUGAUGCUGCUUGUUUGCCAGGGAGAGAGCUGUAUUACUUAAUCCAAAUACCUUACCAGUGUUUUUGCAGAGAUCAGUGAUGAUGACACAUUGUGUGUGUUUACUGUGUCUCUGUGCUGUCCAACUGGUUCAUGAACCUCUCCAUGCCAAUCCUCUCUCCUGCGUAGUGGAUACUCUGCUAAUUGCCCGUGUGGACGGGAGUGGACAGACCUUGCUUGGGUGUUUAUGCAGGAGAAGAUCCAGUGGUCGGUGGUCCUAAUGUGCUGAUAUAUUUUUAAUGUUGUCCAGAGCCCUGACUCCUCUAGGCUUCAUCAUUAAUGUAUGUGUGUGUUCUGCUCUUGUGAUGCUGCCUCACGUCUCCAGUUUUUGAUGUAGAAGUGCAUUAGUCAAGAGUGCUAUCUAUCAGACCAGUGACUAUUUGACCAAAUGUUUGCAGCAGUGAGUGACAUGAACAGUGAUGUGUGGAAGGUCUUGGAGAUGUUCUGUUGUUUGGUAUUUCAAACAACAUGUGUAAUAUAUGCAACCCAGGGUUUUCUUCAUUCCAAGUGACAUAGUAGCCUAUAUCAGAUUAAACUUAACAUUUUAACUGUGGAAAAUGGAAAACUGAGGAUAAGGUUGGGGUUUAAUGAUAGCAUUCGCAUUCAUGACUAAAGGUUUAAAUAUUACUGUUGGUCAAUUAUCUCUCCGGCUGGUAAGCAGGUGGUCAAAUAGCAACUGCCACGUGUAACAUACUAAGACAUGUAAAUAAAAUGUAA